GAGAGAGAGAGUGGUGGAGAGAGAGAGAGAGAGUAGUAGAGAGAGAGAGAGAGAGAAAAAGAGAGAGAGAGGGAGAGCAGCAGCAGCACGCGCUGGUCUCGGACUUCAGAUCAGAACUGAUCACGGAUCGGUUAUUUCUCCUAAUCGAUUGACCGGAUGCGCUGCUGACGUCACGGACCCUCCUGUCGUUGAUUGGAUUAAAUGAUCGUUAAUUAAACCGUAACGUGUCUGUCUCUUGGCUCCGGCAGGGCGCCACCUACCGGCGGCGGACACCAUGGGUUUCUACGGGAGCCUGAAGCUCAUCUUCUACAAAGUGAAGAGGAAGUUGGAUCACGGUCCCGACGCUCGUCCGUUUCCUUCGGGGAAGAAACUCUGUAAAGUCGGCGGAUUCCUCAGGCCCCCCCGUCCGGUUCAGGUCACGCCCACCACCUUCUGCGACCUGCGACUGGCCAAUGGGCAUUCAGCUCAGAGGCGGCAGGUGACCUCGGGUCCGCCCCCUUCCGGCCUGCAGGACUGGCUUCACACCUUCAAGAUGUGGAGUGGCCCUGAGAGGCUAUUGGCUCUGGAUGAGUUGAUUGACAGAUGUGAGACCAAUCAGGUGAAGCACAUGAUGCAAGUGAUCGAGCCUCAGUUCCAGAGAGACUUCAUAUCACUGUUGCCCAAAGAGUUGGCCCUGUAUGUGCUGAGGCUCCUGGCUCCCAGGGAUCUGGUGCAGGCGGCUCAGACCUGCAGGUCCUGGAGGAUCCUGGCUGAAGACAACCUGCUGUGGAGGGAGAAGUGUGGAGAGGAAGGUAUAUCAGGGGGCGUGGCCUCUCGUCACAGGAAGUGUGGGAGGUCGGGGGGGGCGGCGGUUGGUCGAUGGAAGUCUACUUACAUCCAACAACACCGCGUGGACAACAACUGGAGGAGGGGGGGCGCACAGGAGCCCAUGGUGUUGACAGGUCACGAUGAUCAUGUGAUCACUUGUCUCCAGUUCAGUGGCGACCUGAUCGUCAGCGGCUCCGACGACAACACACUCAAAGUCUGGUCGGCCACCAGCGGCAAGUGUCUGAGGUCACUAGCAGGUCACAGCGGGGGGGUGUGGUGCAGCCAGAUGGCCGUUGCCACGGUGAUCAGCGGCUCCACUGACCGAACGCUUCGCGUGUGGGACGCAGAGACGGGGACGUGUGUCCACACCCUGAGGGGACACAUGUCCACUGUGCGCUGCAUGCACCUGCACGGCCACCGCGUGGUGUCGGGCUCUCGGGACUCGACCCUGCGGGUGUGGGACGUGUGGAGCGGCCGCUGUGAACACGUGCUGAGCGGACACGUGGCCGCGGUGCGCUGCGUUCAGUACGACGGGCGCCGCGUGGUGUCGGGGGGGUACGACCACAUGGUGAAGGUGUGGGACCCUGAGACGGAGGCGUGUCUACACACACUGCAGGGACACACAAACAGAGUGUACUCACUACAGUUCGAUGGCGUGCUGGUGGCGAGCGGCUCGUUGGACACGUCCAUCAGAGUCUGGGACUCAAACACAGGUGGGUGUGUCCACACGUUGACCGGCCACCAAUCACUGACCAGCGGCAUGAAGCUGAGAGACAACGUCCUCGUCUCCGCAAACGCAGACGCCACCGUCCGAGUGUGGGACGUCCGGACGGGACAGUGUCUCCACACGCUGGAAGGUCCUAACCAGCAUCAGUCUGCUGUGACCUGUCUUCAGUUCUGUGGACGUCUCGUCUUGUCCAGUUCAGACGAUGGGACGGUCAAACUGUGGGACCUGCAGAGCGGCGCCUGGCUCAGGGACCUGGUGGCGCUGCAGAGCCGAGGAUCAGGGGGCGUGGUCUGGCGAAUCCGAGCGUCCGCCACUCGGCUGGUGUGCGCCGCCGGCAGCAGGAACGGGUCGGAGGAGACCAAACUCCUGGUGCUGGACUUCAACAGGGACGAGACGAAGGACGAGACGGACUGAGGAGGCGUGGACACUACGUCUCCUCAGUGAGGUGUCCUGAUUGGCCAGAAGACAAGGAGCAGGAACGUCACUGAAGAGAAACUGGACAACUCAGCGCGGUGCGAGCGGCGGCGGCAACCAAGGAAUGAUGGACCAACAGGAAGUGGAUUAUCAACAGGAAGUGGAUUAUCAACAGGAAGUGGAUUAUCAACAGGAAGUGGAUUAUCAACAGGAAGUGGAUUAAUCUCAAACACGGGCCUCAGCGGAGACAUUUGAACAAAUGUGAUUUAUCGUCAAACGGAAACAUUCACGUGAUGAAUUUACCAACUUGUAUCGCUGCUGAACCAAUGAGGACGUCACUGUUUAAACCGACCAAUCAAAAUUGACCAACUGUUUUUAUUUGAUUGUUUUGCACUCUAGGUUUAGAACCUACAAACAUUCAGUUUAUGAUGAAGAAAAUAUUAUUUCAAUAACUUCAUGAGUUUUAUUUAAACAAAGAAUCAAAAACAAAAUAUGAAAAAAAGAAACAAACACAUUUGAGAAUCUUUUUUUUAAAUCUGUUUAAAACAGCUACUGACAUUUAAUAAUUAAUUGACAGACUUGACGAGCUUCGGUCACUUAUGAAUACAUUUUUCAUGGCUCAACUUAAAAUUUCCACAAUGUGAAUUAAAUUAGUUUCACAGCUAAUUUAGAUAUCUAAUAUUUUGUCUUUGCUUCCACACGACACCUCUCUGAUGAAAUAUUAAUGAAUUCAUUCAAAAACGACGAAGCAGAUAUUAAUAGAAUAAAGUGCUGUUGCCAGGCAACACGCUGGCCAAUGAGCACAGAUGUCGACGUCCUGAUGAUGUAAAUAACCGUAAAUACAGAGAAUGUAAAUAUUCAUGUUUUAUAGAAAGAAAGCAAAAAUAUCAAUAAAGACCAGUUUUGUAAAA